UCAGCAAGUUAAAAAUGGAAAUCUUCAAAAGAGUUGAAUUUCAGUUACACAAGGAUUCCAUUUUAUUAAAACAGUAUAAUGGUUCCGUAAUCAAAAAUAUAAAAGAGAUGAAAUCAUCGAGGAAAAUUUUGAUGAAAGAGGACGAUUUUAGAGAAAAUAUUGGAAUUUCCCUGGAAAACGAGGAUUUCUUUGACGCUCUGGAAUCGAAGAACAUAAUACUGCGAGUGUUUACCAUAAACAAGGAGCCCGUUAUCUGCUGUGACCCCCGGGCUUUAGCCCAGAUACUGGUAUUCACGCACGUGCUGGACCAGACUAAGCUCUAUCAGAUUGACCCCCGGAAGUUCUGGGGAACAGACGUUACUGACCGCCCAGACCCCGGGCUUCUGGUGAGGGCUUUAGAAGACGUAGCCAAGCAGGGCAUUCUACGAGAGAACCUUUUCCCUGUACUCUGGCAAAAUAUAACUGACAAUGAAGAUGAGAUCAGACGCUGGAUAGAGCUCCUGGGACAAAUCGGAGUCAUCUCUCGAUGCAACGCUCUCAGGACAAAAGAUUCCAAACUAGUCCUUAACACCUUCCCCAAGCUACAAAGCGACAGGGCGUACUAUGUCAUGCAGGCGGAUCUUAUCCCGAACAAAAGUCCGGUAGGUAUACAUAUACCACACCACACUGGAAUACACAUCUUACUUCAAUAG